GCCGGCUCCGCGGGCGUUCACGGGCCGUUCCUCAUCUGGGAGAGCCUUCCGCCGGGACGUCGGGAGCCGUCCACCACAGACCCUGGCCCACUUGACCGCCCCGAGGCCUCCCGCCGCCUCUACCGACCUGGAAUUUGGGACCUCGUUGCUGCGCCCCGCCCAGCCGCCCAGUUGUUCUCCAGGGUAUUCCCACGCCCACGGAGAGAAUUCCGCCGCCGCCCUGCCCCGGAGGAACUCACAGUCUAGCUGUAGACGGUGGUCAGCAGAUGUGUCCGGCUCAGUGAGAGGGUGCUUGUGGUCCCCGCAGCCUUCAUGUGGAAAGUAGAACGUGCGAGCAGUGUAGACUGGGCUCUCUUGGGGGCCACAGCACCAGGUGUUUUUUGAGUGGACACACUGCUCGACCUCCGUCUCUCUGCCCCCAGGGCCUCCUGUGCUGGCCAUGCCUGUGCCUGCUGAGGGUACCCCACCACCUCUAAGUGGCACCCCUGUCCCAGUCCCAGCCUACUUCCGCCAUGCAGAGCCUGGCUUCUCCCUCAAGAGGCCUGGGGGGCUCAGCCGAAGCCUCCCACCCCGGCCCCCUGCCAAGGGUAGCAUCCCAAUUAGUCGUCUCUUUCCUCCUCGGACCCCGGGUUGGCAUCAGCCCCACCCCCGGAGGGUGUCAUUCCGGAAUGAGGCUUCAGAAACCCUGCAGAGCCCUGGGUAUGACCCGAGCAGGCCAGAAUCCUUUUUUCAGCAGAGCUUCCAGAGGCUCAGCCGCCUGGGCCAUGGAUCCUAUGGAGAGGUCUUCAAGGUGCGCUCCAAGGAAGAUGGCCGUCUCUAUGCGGUCAAACGUUCUAUGUCGCCAUUCCGGGGUCCCAAGGACCGGGCCCGCAAGCUGGCUGAGGUAGGCGGCCACGAGAAGGUGGGGCAGCAUCCGCGCUGCGUGCGGUUGGAGAGAGCCUGGGAGGAGGGCGGCAUCCUGUACCUGCAGACGGAGUUGUGCGGGCCCAGCCUUCAGCAACACUGUGAAGCCUGGGGCGCCAGCCUGCCCGAGACCCAAGUCUGGGGCUACCUUCGAGACACUCUGCUUGCUCUGGCCCACCUGCAUGGCCAAGGCCUGGUUCACCUUGAUGUCAAGCCUGCCAACAUCUUCCUGGGGCCCCGGGGCCGCUGUAAGCUAGGUGACUUUGGCCUGCUGGUGGAGCUGGGUGCCACUGGAGCCAGUGAGGCCCAGGAGGGAGACCCCCGCUACAUGGCCCCCGAGCUGCUGCAGGGCUCCUACGGGACAGCGGCAGAUGUGUUCAGUCUGGGUCUCACCAUCCUGGAAGUGGCCUGCAACAUGGAACUGCCCCAUGGUGGAGAGGGCUGGCAGCAGCUGCGCCAGGGCUACCUGCCUCCUGAGUUUACUGCUGGUCUGUCUGCUGAGCUGCGUUCUGUCCUCGUCAUGAUGCUGGAGCCUGACCCCCAGCUGCGGGCCACGGCUGAGGCCCUGCUGGCCCUGCCCAUGCUGAGGCAACCAAGGCCCUGGAACAUCCUGUGGUGCAUGGCUGCUGAAGCCCUAAGUCGAGGCUGGGCUCUAUGGCAAGCUCUGCUCACCCUGCUGUGCUGGCUUUGGCACAGCCUAGCUCACCCUGCCAGCUGGCUGCAGCCCCCAGGUCCACCAGCCACCCCACCUGGCUCGCCACCCUGCAGCCUCCUGGAUAGCAGCCUCUCCAGCAGCUGGGAUGAUGACAGCAUAGGGCCUUCGCUCUCCCCAGAGGCCAUCCUGACCCGGGCUGCCAGGAGUACUUCCACCCCCCGGGGCAGGUACACACCAAGGGAUGCCCUGGACCUAAGUAACAUGGACUCAGAGCUUCCUCGGGGUUCCUGUCCUUCCUUUGAGCCUAGGAACCUCCUCAGCCUAUUUGAGGACUCACUGGACCCAGCCUGAGCUGUAGGUCCAGCUUCUGUACUUUUAACCUCUUACUCCUUCCCUGUCCCUUCCCCUGGAAAGCUGGGUCCCUUUGGGAUCUACUGUGUCUAAUAAAAAGUAUUUGAAUCUUGGGA